GGUUCCGUCGAGGAUUUGCAGAGUUAAUUGCAUUUGUUAUACCAAGGUCUCUAGACAAAAGUCAACCAUUGUUACUUACAAUUACAAUCGGAUACAUGUAGUCAGCCAGAGAUUAGUGCGACACAAGCGCAGAACCUACUAAAGGGGUCGAUUGACUGCGUGAUUAUGAUGAGUGCAACAGCCAUUUGUAUUUAUUAACGCAGUAUCUUACGAGUGGUUUAGAGUGAUAAAAUACCUAGCAUCUGGUUGUAACAUAUUCACGUUGAGUGAAGAUGACAUUACAAGUGGGUUGCCUAUCAUUCAGGCAGCCGUACGCGGGGUUAGUACUUAAUGGUAUAAAAAGUAUUGAGACACGUUGGCGCCCCUUGUUGUCCGCAAUGGAAAACUGCACUCUAGCUGUUCAUAUUGCGCAGAAGGACUGGGAGGGCGACCAGUGGAGAGACAUGCUCACCAAUACAUUUGGAAUGAGCCAUAUGCAAAUAGAGGAGCUUCUGGCGUCAGGUGACAGAUUCGGCCGUGGAGUCGUGGCAGGCUUGGUGGAGGUGGGGGAGACUUGGUGCUGCUCUGACAAUGUGCCAGAGGAGGAUCUGAGGGAGAUGGAGAAGGCAGCAGUGCUCACUGGGCUCACAGAGAAACACCUCACACAGCUGUCAAACCCACGCUGGCUCAAGGAACCACUUUAUGCCAGAGGUCACAAAGACAUUUGGACAGUGGACAUCCCAGUGCAAUUACUGCCAUCUGCGUAGAGUAGUUGUAAAAUAAUGUAUACUAACACGUUUCUAGAGAUGACACACAAGCUUUAAAAAGGUGGAAUAAAUUACCAAUGGACUGCA